AUGUCUGCACCAUCAUCACAUAGAUUAGCACGCUUGGAGGGCCUUCUUCGGCAACCCCUUCGUGUAACGAUAAACGACGGCCGUAUCUUCCUGGGGACGUUUGUAGGAACGGAUAAACCUCUGAAUCUCAUCUUAAUCAACGCAGAGGAAUACCGUGUGGGGGUAGGGCAAAACGGCGAUGGUCGAUAUGUGGGGCAAAUUCUUGUCCCUUGGAGAUUGAUCGAGAAAGUAGAGGCGCAGGAGAAACGUUCAGCUGGCUUUGUUGGGCGCGGAGGGGGUGAUGGUACCUAUCUAUAG